GUAUCACAUGAACGAGCAGGGACCAAUCGGCACGGCGCUGCCUUAGAGUGCUGGCUGCUUUACACCAAGAUAGGGGAAAAGACUGAAUAAAAGGAAACCGUGCCAGUGAGCCUGUAAUGACCACAAAAGCCACCGGAGGAGCCGACACUCGCCGCUGUUGGAUGUUUUGCCCGUUUUCUCGUUGUUCCCAUGCGUUCGUCGCCGUGGAUUAUUCUGUUUGGCUCGGUACCGGACGGAAUGGAUAAGGCCAUGGCCCUAACAUAUUGAAUAGCUCGUUGGUGGUGGGGGGGGAAGACGAGACGCGCACCGUGGAGACGAUUCAUGGGGCAUUGUGCGGAGAGGAAAAUGGUGGAUUAUUUGCACUGUAUCAUAAAAACCUUACGCCGUCUCGUUACCCUGCCAUAAGACACUGUUUGGUGGCCUUUCAGCGCCCGUCUUGGCCGUGUCCACAGUAACUUAGGUCGUGUUAUAGCGGUUGGUAGGUAGGUACCUCCUCCAACUAGGACAUUAUCCAUUUUUCAUAUACAUGUAGGAUUGUUGUAUCGCUGCGACACGUUCAUUCACCCUCCCCUGCCUGAGACUAACAUUUGGAAACAAUAAACUGUUGGAUUACUGAACUAUGGAUUUCAACAGCAACAGCGGCGGCGGCGGGGGCAACGAGCUGCACAAUAACCAGUUUUAUCAGUGCGAGGAGAACAAGCCUCUGCUGGGGGAGAUGUCGGAGGGGAAUAAUAACACCAAGCUCGGCGCAGGGCCGUGCAAGAGGUCCCUGCACCAUUGCAGCAGCGGGAUGCGAUACAAGCUGCUCCACGAGGGGGACAUCCAGGUGUGCGUGGUCAAACACCCUCGCACCUUCCUCAGUAAGAUCCUCACUUCCAAGUUCUUGCGGAGAUGGGAACCUCACCACCUCACACUCACAGACAGCAGCCUGACCUCGGCCACCCCCACCGGUUACAUGGAGACAUCACUGUCCUAUAGCUCCAUAGAAGACCUGCAGCUUCUCUCAUGGGACAACGCUCCCAAGUACUGUGUCCAGCUCAGCUUCCCUGGUGGCACUGUCCUACUUCAGGCUGCGAACAGCUACUUAAGGGACCAGUGGUUUCAUUCCCUGCAGUGGAAGAAAAAGAUCUACAAGUACCGUAAGGUCUUGAACAACCCGAGUCGCUGGGACGUGGUCUUGAAGGAGAUCAGAGCGCUGGUGGACAUGGCUCUGACCUCACCACUGCAGGACGAGUCCAUACACCAGGCUCCACUGCACAUCAUCUCCACCCUCCUGGCUGAGAACUCUAAUCUCAGCACUCAGGAUCAUGAGAACAUCAUUGUGGCCAUUGCUCCUCUUUUGGAAAAUAACCACCCACCACCUGACCUGUGUGAGUUCUUCUGUAAGCACUGUCGGGAGCGGCCGCGGUCAAUGGUCGUGAUUGAAGUGUUCACUCCUGUGGUCCAGAGAAUCCUCAAACAUAACAUGGACUUUGGAAAGUGUCCUCGACUGCGUCUCUUCACUCAGGAGUACAUUCUGGCUCUCAACGAGCUCAAUGCUGGGAUGGAGGUCGUCAAGAAGUUUGUCCACAGCAUGCACGGGCCAACGGGGCAGUGCCCUCACCCACGGGUGCUGCCAAACCUGGUGGCAGUGUGUCUUGCCGCCAUUUAUUCCUGUUAUGAGGAAUUCAUCAACAGUCGGGACAACUCCCCCAGCCUAAAGGAGAUCAGAAACGGCUGCCAGCAGCAGAACGACCGCAAGCCUCCCAUGCCGCUCCGUCUGCUGCGCCCAGAGCCUCCUACGCCGCCUCCUGCCACCCUCCUCCCCCUGUCUGCCAACCCGAGUCCUCCUCAGCCGCCUCACCCCGUACCCUCAAACCCCGCCCCGUCCAUUCCCAUCUCCUCCCCAACGCCCUCCUUGCCCCUCUCCCCACCUCCCUCCGUCGUCAACUCCAGCGAGAUCCUUGUGGAGCUGGAGCGAAACAACAACUCAGCCAAUGCCAGACGGAAGGGCGGGCCAUCAGGGGGCGACAGCGAGCCUAACCUCAUCGACUGUCUUCUGGUCAGUCCGGCCCUCAACACUCUGUCCAUCCAGCUGCCAGCCCAGGCUGACCGAGUGCUGGGCUGCUUCGCCCUCAUCCUCAAGAUGCUGUCGGACUACGAUGACUGGAGACCCGCUCUGGCCAGCCUGCUGCAGCCCAUCCCCUUCCCUAAAGAGGCCCUUGCACAUGCCAAAUUCACAAAGGAACUGAAAUAUGUCAUUCAGAGGUUUGCGGAGGACCCCAGGCAGGAGGUCCAUUCAUGCCUACUCAGUGUGCGUUCAGGUAAAGAUGGCUGGUUUCAGCUCUACAGUCCAGGAGGUGUGGCCUGUGAUGACGAUGGAGAGCUCUUUGCCAGUAUGGUUCACAUCCUGAUGGGCUCCUGCUAUAAGACCAAGAAGUUCCUGCUGUCUCUGGCUGAAAACAAGCUGGGCCCCUGCAUGCUGCUGGCGCUACGUGGAAACCAGACCAUGGUGGAGAUCCUGUGUCUGAUGUUGGAGUACAACAUCAUCGAGAACAAAGACACCCAGCUGCAGAUCAUCUCCACCCUGGAGAGCACUCAGGUGGGCCUCCGCAUGUACGAGCAGCUAUGCGACCGACAGAGAGAGCUCAAGGAACUGCAAAGGAAAGGAGGCCCCACCCGGCUGACUCUGCCCUCAAAGUCCACGGAUGCGGACCUGGCCCGCCUGUUGAGUUCAGGUUCUUUUGGGAACUUGGAGAACCUGAGCUUGGCCUUCACAAAUGUCACCAGUGCCUGUGCUGAGCAGCUCAUUAAGCUGCCUUCACUCAAACAGCUCAACCUCUGGUCCACACAGUUCGGGGAUGCAGGGUUGAGGUUGCUAUCUGAACAUCUGGCCUGUCUUCAGGUUUUGAACCUGUGUGAGACUCCUGUCACAGAUGCUGGUCUGCUGGCUCUCAGCUCCAUGAAAAGUCUGUGCAGCCUGAAUAUGAACAGCACUAAGCUUACAGCUGACACAUAUGAGGACCUCAAGGCCAAACUGCCCAACCUGAAAGACGUUGAUGUUCGGUACACAGAGGCCUGGUGAUCCACCACUCUCACACACCCCUCCAUUCACAGCACGCACACACGAACACAUGCACAACACAAACACGAGCUCAAAUACAAAACAUGAAAAUUGUGUGGUGACGUCGUCUCCACCGCCGGCAUCAUUAGACCAGGAAUCCUGACUUUAUCCCGGAGUGAGGAUCACCUGAUGUAAACGGAACGUUUGUGACACAUUUGCUUCAGAGGAGGAGCCUCCAUCAGAUUCAUCGUCACCAACCCCCGUAGUGGGCGCCAUCACCGGGAAGGUGAGAAAUCUUCAUGGACCUUGCCGCUCCCCUUACUUCUGUCACUGAUGUUUCAAGGACCUUGUUUUUACUGACCUGAUCAGAGGACAUGCAAGGACCGCCUAUAUUGUGACAUAAAGGACCUUCUUCUUCUCUUUUGUCUUUAUCCUUUGCCCUGCCUUUCAUAUACGGUCUAUCAAUAUUCAUAUUCAGUCUAAAUCCAGCUCUCCGGCUGUUGCCCUCCCCCCUCUGUGCAUCCGUGUCAAGAGGAAAACUUGAAUCGACACUCUCCUCAGAGCCAUCCUCUCGUUCUCUUGCUCCUGCCCUCGUGCGAUGAAGGCCCGGAAACAGCAGCUCACAUUCCUCUGAUCUGAUCCACAGUGUAGCUUUCCAAGCAGACAUGUUGUACACUUCAGUCGUCGCUCUCACGAUCUUUGGCUUCGGUUUUUACGCGUUCAAAUUUAGGUCUUUUCAAGUAUUUCAUUGGGAAAAUGAGGUACCUCAGAGAAAAGAUGAGUUGCAAGACUGUGCCUAAUUGUUCAUUCAUGACAUGUUCAUGCAGAAAAAAAGAAAAAUCAAAAAGGUUUUUAUCAAGUUGAAUGAACAUAUUUUUCCAGAGAUCUGUGCUUUCAUAUAUUGUGUUUCUAUAGAAAACAUAUAUAUGAAGAUAAACCCCAGCGAUGACAGAUUUCAGGGCCAUUUCGGGAGCUCUGCAGUAAAGUCAAAUGGCAGUGGCAACAUUUGUUCUUUUUUCAUUUUUUUUCAGUGUACAUACCAAUGAUCUCCCAUUGCUAUUUAAUAGGGCAGUUGUGUAGCAGUAGCUGGGUGGUCUGGGACUGCCUAAUAUUUAUAAGUUGUGUCUUUCAAACCUCCUUUAGUCUGUCCUGACAUGAAGUACACAGGCCCUGUUGUCUUUUUUUGCAACAUAAAACACAAGAAGCCAACCCGAGAGGGCGCCUGUACAUGGAUCUCUCUGUACAAUGCCAUGGCAGUAACCUGUAAAGUGGACUGCAGUUUCUCUAAAAUGGACCUGUAAACAAGACUCAUCACCAGCUGAGAGUUGUAUAUUUUCAUAUCCUCUGCUAUUUUUUUUUGGGCUCUGUUUGAAAAGAAGAAAGGACACUUGCCAAACAUCAUCAUCAAGUCUAGUUUUUGUCGUGUGCGCUUGUUUCAUGAAGGCCAACAUGAGAGCAGUCUCAGUACUGAUUGGUGUUUCAAGCGUCAUGAGCUGCCUGCGGAGAGACGGCGGCACCGCUCUGGGUCACGUCUCCGAGCGUCCUCCGACCUGCUGAGGUCAGAGUGAAGAGUCGCAGCAGCUCUAGUGGAGCUGUGGAUGAGUUGCCUAUUGUUAUCUUUUUAUCUGUCACACCGCCUGUUUUGAAUUGUUCUGCUGUAUUUAUAUAAUGCCAUAAUACAUGGGUAACAUUUUUAGGCUGUAUGGUUGAAUAAUUCUCAUCACAGGAUGGGACAGUCAUUGUACAUAUUCUAUCAAAGUGGGCUAUAAGGGACAAAAGAUUAGAAAAAGGCACAUUUCGGCCAUAUUUGCCCAUCUACAUUCCCUCAAAAUGUUGCCUGUUUAUUGUGGCAACUUUUCAUAUGAUGCGGUAACUGCCAUGACACACUGCAAGUCUGUCAGAAGCUCCUUUUCCUCUCUGUCUAAAUGUGUUUGGGUGGAUUUGUUUUGUGCCAAUGGCCCUAGAAAACACAAUACAAGUCAGAUUUCCACCCGUUUUCCCAGUCAGCCUCGCUCUGACCGCAUCCAUCCAUUUUAGUUUAUUGGUGUUGACCUCCAGAAUGCUCCGAAUGUUUGUUCAAUCAACGCAGAAGCUGCAGCAGAGAACGGGAUGCCGUCCACUAAAAGAUACUUUUGUUUCCUAUUUAUUGGGUGCCAUGACAGUUUUCUGUUGGGCCUGUAGACUCGGUUUGUGUCCGGCCAUAUUUGGGUCUGGCUUUAGGACCUUGUGCUCUCUUUCAUAUCCUGUAUGAUGUAUAUACGAGUGUAUAUAGUCGUCUCCUCCCCUCCUCUCUUUGAACCGUUUUUUCCUUCUUCAUCCUUUUCUGUAUUUCUCUUGGCCUGCCUUCAUUGGUAGGCUGGUGUUGCCUUCAUUUUAAUGUGUGUGUGGUUGUUUUUUUUCACACAAAGUGCACUGUAAUCUAACAAAAUUAUCUUUUCAUAAUAUCUUUUAAGUUUCUAGCAUUGUUGAUUUGAUCACUGUAAUCAAGCAUUUGUUUCCUGUGUUUCUUGUUGUUUAGGUUGUUUUUUUUUUUUUGUUUUUUUGCAUGUACAUGUUGCUGCAUCACCUGGUAUUUUUAUUUUGUAAUUUUGUUUUAUAAAAGGUUUGAAAUAUGAUAAAGGAUCUGAUCACUAUCUCACUGAGGUUAAGGACUGAAAUGGAGAGAUCCCUUCUAGUUAUUUUCUGAAUGGUUGUUGCCAGGUUGUUCCCACGAGCCUUGACAGAUUCUGUUGAGUAAAGGCAGUUUGGGUUUGAUUGACAUUGAUUUUCUAAGAAGCCAAUACCAGUACUGGUACAUUUGGACUGAAGCUGCCCCUAGCUUAGAUGUAAUCAUUUAAGUCUGACCAUUUUCAUAUCAAAAAUGCUAAUAUUUUCUGUUCCCCCAAGCAUUUUGUUCUAACUCUGCCAGAUCAAAUCAGAGGUGGAUCACACUGACUGGCCAUUAUCAUGUUUAAAUAAAGUUGUUGGUUCCACACAUCAGCAAGCUGACAAUUCAGUCUAAUUUGAUUGUAGAUUUGUUUCAUUCUGAAAUGUUUUGUCUUAGUAUUUGAAUGUUUUACAGGAAUAUUUUAACUUUUUUUUUUAAUUAGUUAUAGCUUUUUUGGAUGAGAGUAGGAUGAAAAGAUUGAUAUCAAUAUCAGGUCUGUACAUUUAAAGCUGUUGUCAGUGUCCAGCUAGCUUAAUUUAGCAUAGAGAUUGAAACCUAGCCUGACUAUGUCCACAUCUUCUUUGUUUAAAAACAUGGAAAAAGUCUCUGCUUCUUGUCUGUCAGCUAGUAGCUUUUAUCAUGACAAAAGUUGUAAACAGUCUAGGACAGCAUAAUCCCUUUGCAAAACAGUAGUCAUGGCAAAUUGAGUAGUAGUAGUAGUAGUUGGGGGGGGAAAUGAGCUUUACUGAAGAAUAACAAGCCUAAAACAUCUCCAGCCAUGUUAGCAGCUGUGUGAGGUUGUACCUAGAUAGGGCAUUGAACCAAAUGCUAACGCAGCAAGAAAACAUGCUAACAAACUGAUGGCGUGUUUGGCACGUUUAGUGCGAUAGUAAAUGUGAAGUACAGUUGAGGUUGAUGGGAAUGGUAUUAGUUUUUUCAAGUAUUUAUCAUUAUAGUCCUGAGGUUAGAAGAAAGAUUAAUGCUCUUAGCAAAGCAAAUAGAAAAUCCAGCCUCCUGACAAAGGCUGUGGUUUAAAACCUUGGCUGUUUUGCCAACAUCAGAAGCAGAGGAGAGUACUCUGCCUGAGCAGCUUUACCUCUGCUGCUGCUGGUAGGCAGAUUUUGUUAGCUGUGGACAGAGACCAGCUAGCUGUUUCCCCAUUUCCCUGUGUUGAUGCUAAGCUAACAGGUUGUUGGUUCAUAUGUAUAGACCUGACAAUGGUAUCAACCCUCUCAUCUAAGUGUGCAUGUAAGUGAAUAAGUCUGUUUCCCAAGAUGAGAUACUCCUUUAAAGAAUUAAGCAGUCUUGGGAAAAUCUUUUCAAUGUACUCAUCCAACAGUUUUUAGGCCAUUAUGAGCUGCCACUUGCCCAGUAUGGGUGCUAGCAUAGCGAGGUUAUAGUGUAAGGAUUUUGUGUUACUGCAGACCAUGUAAUGGUUGAACAGAAAUGUCCCUUCUGUUGUCCCAUAUCUCUGUAUCCUGUGGAGCUCACUGCUUUGCUUUCUGUUCCAAUCCUGAUUCUGUCUGUUACCUCUGAUGUUUUUUGUUCUCUUCAGACUGUAAAGAAUUUCUGUCAUGUCCAAGUUGUGUGCAGCUGUUCUGGAGUCUUAACAGUUGUUAUGGAAGGAACAAGGUCAGAUGUUGCACAGCCUGACAAAUCUGACUGACUGAAAAAAAAACUCAUUUUCCCAUAAUUCCUUGUAGUAAAACCUUUUCUUUUUGGCAGCUAGAAAGGGGGUGUCCAUCAUGUCUCUCUAUUUUUCAGUCUUUCUCCGCAUUGAUCUGCUUCUCCUGCUGGGUUAUUAUUAUUAUUAUUAUUGCUGCUACUGCUCUGUGGCUGUUGUAAUAAAAAUACAAAAGAUCUUCAACAGGAAAAAUAACAAGUAUGAUGUGAAAUAAUUUCAAUCAAAAAUAAAAUGUCUGUGAAUAUGUUUCA